AUGGCGUGGGCUGUGAAAAUUGGCAUCUGGAUCUUUCAUAGCAUUGAUUUACUUCCUACAAUACAAUCACAUAGAUUUCAAGCGAGGCAAUUUCCAUCACCCUGCCCAGACUGCCCGGAAGCAUUUUACAUCCAAAGUAAGAUUGUAAACAGUUCUUAUUCCCAAUAUUCGAAUACGAUGAAACGUGCAAUCAUUGCCUCUUCCGUUGAUGCCUCCCUUCCCAGCCAACAAUCUUUCUGGUCCCUGAAUUUUGGAGCUGUCUCCUUUUCUGCGCAGUCGAUAACCCACCCCUCCAUCCACCCCCAUGGGCACGCAGCUACGGUAGGCGAGGGCAGGACGGGGGUCUUCUCCGUUAGUGCAUCCGUCAAGAUGCUACUUGGUCUAUCGUCGCCCUUUAAUCUUGCUAAGCAAGAAAGACAAGGUAAGGGUCCGUGUUCUCCUGGAGCGAGAUCACCCAAUUCUGGGCACCAAGACGAGACUCCCAAGUUCUAG